UUUUUUUUUUUUCUAUACAUUUAUUGAGUUUUUUUUUUCUUUUUUUUUCUGUUUUUUUUAAUGCAAACUUUAAGCGAUCUUAGAAGAUUUUAUAAAUAGUUUUUUGAAAUAAAAUUUAAUGUGGCUUACUCAAUAUCUAGUUCUAUUUUGUUGUGUUUAUGCUGAUCCUUGUCCAAAUAAAUGUGUUUGUCAUUCAUCAUGGAUAAGAGGUAUUACAACUGUUGUUGUGGAUUGCUCAAAACAAGGACUUGCUGUUGUUCCAUCAAGAAUAUCUCCUUAUGUCACAUCAUUAGUACUAAAUGAAAAUUUCAUUACUGAAUUGCCAGCCAAUAGUUUUACAAAGUACAAACACUUACGAGAAUUAUUUUUAUACAAAAAUUUUAUAUCAAAGAUUCAUAAAGAUGCUUUCAAUGGGUUGCAAAAGCUCACUGAAUUAUCUCUUCAUUCAAACCGAUUAACUUUUUUUGAAAAUGGAACAUUUUCAAGUUUAAAAAAUCUGCGCCGCCUGUACUUGUUCACAAAUUAUAUAAAAUCUAUUGAUAAUGGUGUAUUUCAGGGUUUGGAUAAAGUUGAAACACUGUUUCUGCAUGAAAAUCUUCUCAGAACAAUACCUGAAGGAACAUUUGCCCAUAUGGAGCAGUUACAAAUAUUAACACUUUACCGAAAUUAUUUACAAGUGCUUUUCAAUGGAUCCUUAAAAGGAAUGUUCAGGCUAAAUACCUUAUAUCUUCAAGAAAACAAGUUAAAAGUUAUUGAAAAUGGAUCGUUUUCAGAAUGUGUUAAUCUUAAGAAAUUACAGCACACAAUCAUUUUUUUCUCUAGACAAUUAGCACACAAUCAUCUAACAAGUAUUACAAAAGAUAUGUUUACUGGAACAAAAGUUUCUGAAAUUUAUCUCGAAUAUAACCGCUUGAAGGAAAUUACAACUUCAUCUUUUGGAAAUCUUCCAUUUAUAAAAAAAAUUGUUUUAUUGGGAAACCAAAUAAACAGUAUUCAAAACAAAUCAUUCAGUUUAUUGAGUAGUUUAAUGGUUUUAUCUUUGUCAGGGAAUCACCUCACUGAGCUGAAGGUUGGAAUGUUUUCUGGUCUUACUAGUGUAAGUCAGUUAUUUUUACAGGAAAAUCAAAUUGAGUGGAUUGAAAAAAAAACAUUUGCUGAUAUGAGAAACCUUCAACAAUUAUUUUUGUUUCGAAACCAGAUCUUUUAUAUUCAAGAGAAAACAUUUGAAGGAUUGACGUCUUUAUCAGAACUAAAUCUUGGCGUUAAUAACAUAUCUGGUCUUGCAAAUGGUGCUUUUGAUGGACUUCCAAGGCUAUUGGUACUACAAAUUAAUUCAAACCGGCUGACAACUAUUCCUUCUAGAGCAUUUCGAAAUCUUAGGUCAUUAUAUCGUCUCGUCAUAUUUUUCAAUAGCAUUUCAUUUAUCGAAGAAGGUUCAUUUGAUCAUUUUGAACGAUUAAGAUCAAUCGUUUGGUAUGCACCAUUAUCUCUAGCACAGUCUAGCAGAAGGUUACGUCUAAUUAAAAGUAACAAUUUGCAAUGUGACUGCAAUAUAUUAUGGCUUAAAACAUGGUUAAACAAAAGAAAUGUUAACACAACAAUUUUUUGUGAGAAACCUGAUUUUUUAUCGGGAAAAGAUAUUUCCAGUAUUAAUGCAAGUUUGUUCAAAUGUGAAAACCCUGACAAAAUGCUUGUUACCGUAUUACCAAAGUCUGUUAUCUUAUUACAAGGGUCUACAUUAUUUUUGAAGUGCAAUUCAAAUGUUGUUUCCAACUUUACAUGGUUAAAAGAUGGUGUUUUGCUUCUUUCAUCAGAUUCUUUAUUUCAAAUGACUUCUGGGAUUUUAUAUAUAAAAAGUAUACAAAGAACUUCAGCAGGUCAUUACACGUGCAUUGCAACGAAUAAGCAAUGGUCUGGAGUAGCAUUUUCUAAAGUUUCCAUAGGAAUACGAGCAACAAUUUUAUCGCCGAAAAACGAGACAUUUUUUAUCGAAUCAGAUCAAUCCAUAACACUUCAAUGCAAUGCAACCGGAGCACCAAUUCCAUCACGAAUUUGGUUCAAAAAUGAUGUUUCUUUUAUCUAUACUAACAACUCUGUUCUUAAUUUUAAUGGCGAUUUACACAUAUUUAAGCUAACUAGUGCAGAUGUCGGUGUCUAUAAAUGUGAAGUAAAUAAUGAUUUUGGAUUUGAUUCAAAGACUAUAAAUUUACUCUUUAAACACGGCUUAAAUAACUUCUCGACACACAAUUUAAAGAACAGCUACAACGUAACUUUGGUGCAGAAUCAAAAUAUCACUUUUGUAAAAGAUGAUUCCGUGGUAGAUGAACCAGAAGAUAAUAAGCAUUAUUAACUUCUAAUUACUUUUAAAAAUAAAGUAUAUUGGUUGAUUUCUAAAUGAAUACUGGAUAGAUGUUUAGCCUGUAGAAAAAUGUUUUUUUUCCUCAUUUUAAUCAAAUCUUAAAUCAA